AUGUCCAGUAAAGGCCAAAAACGCAAGCAAAAUAAUGUUGUUCUGCGAGAUGAGCCAAUAUCAGAAUCUGAAUACGAGCCGAUCUCACAAGCGCCCCGAAUGACUCGGACAGAAAUCAACCCUUAUAGUGCUAAUGCUCGGUAUCAAACAUCAUAUCAAGGUAUGUCAAAUAAAUGUCAAAGAAUCAAGAAAAAUAAUGUUGCUCCUCGAGAUGAUCCAAUCUCAGAAUCUGAACAUGAUUCGAACUCACAAGCACCUCGAAUGACUCGAACAAAAAUCAACCCUAAUGGUGCUAAUGCUCAGUAUCAAAUACCAAAUCAAGGUAUGUCUGGUAAAGGCCGAAAAUGCAAGCAAAAUAAUGUUGUUCUUCGAGAUGAGCCAAUCUCAGAAUCUGAACCUGAGUCAAACUCACAAGCGCCUCGAAUGACUCGAAUAGGAAUCGAUACUUAUGGUCCUAAUGCUCAGUAUGAAAUACCAAAACGAGGUGCGACUCAAAAGAAUUCUUUUGGAAGCCAAACCAAUAUUAGAUCUCAGGAGGAGUUUAUAAUUGAUCAUAUGACUGGUAUUGAUGAACAAGGGCUGCAACAAGGUUUGUAUCAGAAUGAUCCUAUGGUUAACCAGUCCACACAUAGACAUAGGGAAGAAUCUGAAAUCCAUUACGAUCCAUUACGAUCAUGUGACUGUUACGUUUUCAUGUUCCUCGCAUUGCCGAAAAAAAAGAUUUUGAGUUCUGUUGGUAAAAAAUGGAGAAAUUGGAAGAAUCGAUUGAAAGCCAAAUAUUGGUAUGAAGCUUUAGUGGAAGUUUUGGUGGACCAAAGAGAUGCUAGAGUCACUGCUAUUGAAUGGAUGAAGAUAUGUACUCACUGGAAUAGCGAGGCUGCAAAGAAAAUAAGUCGAAGAAGGAAGAAUGCUAGAGCCAAGAGGGUGAAUGAUCAAAAAACCGGGCAAACUUCCUUUGCUCGAGUUGAGCAUAAAAUGACAAAGGAAAAUGGACGCCCCCCAAGCCGUGUUGAGUUGCUUCAUGCAUGCUUCUUGGACUCUAAUGGAGACUCGAAUCCAACAAUUUUAAGCGCAAAUGCCAAUAUGCAAGAACGUAAUAGCGAUGUUCAAGAAAAUUUUGAUGAUUCAAGUGAUCUAAUUGAUCAAGAUGAUAUAUCUGCUCAAUCAUUAAGGCAAUGUCAGUCUAAUACCAUGCAAAUGGUUACCAAAGAAAUUAGCCAAUCAAAUGCUCAAGGGACAGUUCAAAACACAUCUAAGCAUCUAAGGAUCGAGGAACAAGGUAAUGCGAGUCAGCGAUCACUACAACUUCAUGAUAUCCCAAACCAGAAUACACCAACUCCUGUUAUUACGGUUGGGUCUUAUGUUUCCCUAAAGAGUGUAAAUGAUCCUACCAAAAUUGUUGCUAAGGGAUGCAUUGAAAGUAUGGACCCUAGUAAAGAGGUUGGUGGACACGUUCUAGGUCCAAACUGGUGUGAGGUGGGCUUCAGUGGUGAAUCUCAAGUUUUGGAAGCAUUGAAGAGCUACAUUUGGAUUGAUUUUUAG